GUGGAACUUGAUGCUGAAAAUGUAAAGAACCGGAAUCCGGAUGUUAUCAUCUGUGCUUUUUGUUUCAGCAUCCAGCCCCGAAUACCGCCCACCACAGAACGGCCAAUUUUCUGACAAACACUUCAAAAAUGUCGGGUUCCUCCAAUCUCGUUGCCAUGAAAAAAGUUGUACAGCAACUCCGUUUCGAAGCCAGCAUAAACAGAGUGAAGGUCUCACAGGCUGCUGCAGACCUUCAACAGUUUUGCAUGCAGAAUGCUCUGCAGGACCCUCUGCUCACCGGGGUGUCCUCCAGCACCAACCCCUUCAGGCCACAGAAGGUCUGCUCCUUCUUGUGAAAUCCCUGCAUUCAUUGGCCUCGAUAAUGAUACUACAGGGAAAAAAUGACCUCAACACUGCUCCUCAUGCCAAGCCAUUACACUGCCACGGGAUCUCCUGCGUGUCCAACACAUUGGAAGAUAACCAUCAAUUUUCAGUCACAAUAGAAGAAAGGAGACAGUUUUAUUUUUCAUGGCACAGUGUGAUUUUCAGAUGAAUUGUUGUGCCUUUUCUAUUGUUCUAUUUUAGCCAUCACUGUUCUAAAUUUUUGUAUUUAAAGAAUAAAAAAAUAAAAAGCAUUCUUUACUACUCAAA